AUGGUGAUCAGCUUCGACUCACAUUCGGUUACGCUUUUUGCGCUCUUCUGCGUCCUCGGGUCUCAGGGAUCAGGCUUCCCAGAGGUGGACGACGACCCUAGUUCAAGCAGUCCGCGAAAUAAUGAUGCUCUCUUCACGAGUGUGUUCAGCAGGAUGCUGAGCCAGAUGUCCGCCAAGGAAUUCCUGGAAUCCCUGAUCGGGAACACAGCUAGAACACGGCGACACAUUGAUGGUCUCUUCACAAGCGAGUACAGCAAGAUGCUGGGCCAGUUGUCCGCCAGGGCAUACCUGGAAUCCCUGAUCGGAAACGAACCAAUAUCAGCGCGACACACUGAUGGUCUCUUCACGAGCGAGUACAGCAAGAUGCUGGGCCAGUUGUCCACCAGGGCAUUCCUGGAAUCCCUGAUCGGGGGGUAUGAAGCCACCAGGAUGAAUGCCAGGGGUUUGGGGAGGGGUGUGGUUAGGAGUGAUCAUGUGCGAUAG